AUGGGGCUGCCUCGGAGGGCGCGACCGCCGUCCGAGCUGCGGAAGAGCCUGAAGCCGCUGCUGGAGAAGCUCCGCCGUGCGCUCAUCAACCAGAGCCUGCGGCUCCGGGCGCUCGUCCCACCGCUGCUCGGCCUGGAGAGCUCCGGCUGCUCCAGGCUGGAGAAGGCGGACAUCCUAGAGAUGACGGUGCGCUUCCUACGGGAGCUGCCCGCGCCCCCCAGCCCCGCGGCGGCGCCCGCGCCCUCUGACGGCUUCCGCCAGGGCUGCGCCUGCCGGGCCAGCGCUUUGCCCGCCUGCGGCGCCCCGGAGCCCGCGCUGGGCCGGCUGCUGGAGCACCUGCGGCGGAGAGUGGCCACCUCCCCCGCCGGCAGGCGCCCCGAGGACCCUGGGGGGUCCCCCCCGCCCUCCGCGCCGCCCACCCCCGCGCCCCCGCCGCCUGCGUGUCCCCGCGGCGCCGGCCUCUGGCGGCCCUGGUAGCCCUGGCGAGUCCACGGACCCGCUGACGGCCCGGGGAUGGAGGAAGCUCUUGGUGGCCGCUGCCUGUCCACCGGGAGGGACCAGCUACGGCCAGGCCGCAGCCCGCAGCCCCGGCUCUGAGCCCAGACUGCAGGCCCUGGACUCCGCUGGAAGAAAUAGGGGAGAAGCCCGCCUCCCCGCCACCCCCUCCGCCCAAUGAGGGUGCCUGGGCCGCAGGAGAAGGGGGCGUGGCCGCAGGGAGGAGGAGGCCCACCCCUGCGGUGGCCGUGGCUGCAGGCCUGGACCAGCCCAGUCGCCCUGCAGCCGGCGCACCGGUCCCGGCACGGCCCGAUCCAAGGGCUGACCCAGCUCCCGCAGCCGGGUGCAGCCGUC